AUCAGAAUGCCCAGCUCUACAAGCACUAGCCCCCACUCUUCCCCAUUACUCUGAAAAAAAAAAAAACGUUUUUUCUUUGUUUUUCCAGCACCAUGGGAAUUGAACUCGAAACGUUAAAGAGCUUAGCCGGCGGUUGGUCUAGCGUUUCUGCUAGACGUUGUGACUCCUGCAAAACGGCACCUGCUGCUGCGUUUUGCCGUGCUGACUCGGCUUACCUUUGCCUUAACUGCGAUUCCAAGAUCCACGGCGCCAAUAAGCUCGUUUCUAGACACGAGCGCGUUUGGAUGUGUGAGGUUUGUGAGCAAGCACCUGCUGCCGUCACUUGCAAAGCCGACGCUGCCGCUCUUUGUGUCACGUGCGAUGAUGAUAUUCACUCCGCUAACCCACUCGCUCGCCGGCAUGAACGAGUUCCGGUUGAACCGUUCUUCGACUCCGCUGACUCCAUUGUUAAAUCAUCGCCGUUUAAUUUUUUAGUUGGUGGCUCCGCGGCCGGAUACCAUCACCACCAACAACAAGAGGAUGACAUGGACAGUGUUUCGUGGCUGUUACCGAAUCCUCCAAGCCUUAAUUCGAAACUAUUAGGGAUUGAAAAUCCUGAAAUGAAGUCUUCGGAUCUAUUUUUUCCUGUAAUGGAUCCAUUUCUUGACAUGGAUUUUCAUCAGAACCACCAUACCGCAGCUACUGACAGCGUCGUUCCAGUGCAAACUAAACCAUCUCCGAUGCCAAUUAUCAACAACGAAAUUUGUUAUGACGUUGAUUUCUGUAGAUCAAAGCUUUCUUCCCUCAACUAUCCAACUCAGUCUAUUAGCCAAAGUGUUUCUUCAUCAUCGGUUGAUGUAGGAGUUGUACCAGAUGGAAACUCUAUGUCCGAUAUAUCUUACCCUUUUGGCCAAAACAUAAAUAAUUCUGCCGGUCCCAACGUAUCUAUUUCGGCAACCGCAAGCCAAGCAAGUCAGGCGCCUGGGAUUGACCGUGAAGCGCGGGUGUUGAGGUAUAGAGAGAAAAGAAAGAACCGGAAAUUUGAAAAGACUAUACGUUACGCUUCCCGAAAAGCUUAUGCCGAAACGAGACCAAGAAUCAAAGGCCGGUUCGCGAAACGAACAGAAAUUGAAUCCGAUAUGAACCAUCUAUAUGGCUCUCCCUCCUCGGUUGGGUUUAUCAGUGAUUCACGAUACGGCGUCGUUCCCUCGUUUUGACUAAACGACGAAGGUGGGUUUGGUUUAGGGAGGUAAUCAAGUAAUUACUAUGAUAAUAAUCUUAUAAUUUGGCAAGUAUAAUUAUUACGAUUAUUAUUUUUUUUGUUUUUGCAACUAGAAAUAGAAUAAUCCUGAGGUGGUGUUAGUGUUAGUGUUAGUGUUCUGUUUUGGUUAAUUGUGGAUUAAAUUUAAGGAUGUCGGUUGGUGUAAAUUAGUGUCGUUUGCUUUUUAUGGAUUUUGAGGGGAUGAAUUACUCUCAAGAGACAGUCAAAAGAGCCCAUGUAGUUUUUUCUUUAAGGGCUUUUGUACUCUAUCCUUCUUUUAGUAUAAGAUUUUCUUUCUUCCUUUUCAAUA